UCAUCUCUUGAUCAUAGGGGAACAACUGAAGCAACGUCUGCUAAUUUGUAUUAGGGAUGUCAUGUUGCUCGUUAUGUUAUUUUCAUGCUUGCUAUCGAUGAAAGUAAGACAAAGCGCACGUGCUCUCCUCUUUGUACCUUUAAUAACAUCUAGCAGUCAGCCAGUUUCUAUGUCCUGGGAUCUAACAGAUGAGGAAAUCAACGGCACGGACGACCUAAAAUCUUCAGCAAAGGCAUCAUCUUUGUUUUUGUUGCUACGGAAGAAAAGAGACGGAAUCGCAUUUCAUGUUGGAGAUCUUUGCGAAAAUACGUGUCACGAUAUCUCCCGUCACAUAUUUUGCAACAUGACAAGUAAACGGUGUGAGUGCCAAAAGGAAUUUCCAAUAAAUAUUAACAAUAAAGACUGUGUCAAGGCGGCCAGACUAUGGGAAAGUUGUAAGUACAAUAAAUCAUGCUUCUUUUAUGACGAGCAUGCUGUCUGUAAUGAAGAUGGAGAAUGUCGUUGUGACGAAGGAUUUAGAAGCUAUAAAGCUGCCGGAGAAGAAAUAUGUAUCGUUGAUCAAAAGAGGGGGAUUUUUGAAAAUUCGGACAUUACUACAGUCAUAAUGGUGGUCGCUGGACUUAUGAUAGGCACUGCCUUAUUUUGUCUUGUCCUUAGACUUUUUAGCAGAGCAAGAUUUGGACGGAAUAGAGAGAGAUUUGGUAACGCCGCAGCGCCCUCUGUUGUUUUAACUGAAAUGGAAGAACCAGGAUCAGUUCCACAUUCACGACGCCCUUCAAGAUGUAGCAGCAGUAAUGAAUAUCUCCCUAGUUCACGAAGAGCAAGCUACUCUAUGCUGGCGCCUCCUGCAUCAGCAGGGUCACGGCGAUCAAGUUCUGGAUCUGUACGUUCCCAAAGCUCCGUGCGAAGCCAUGCGUCAUCAUUACGUAGCCAAUCAUCACUCCGGAGCUAUCGUGGCGGAAGACGUGACUCUGUCAAGCGUACUCGUUCAUCGCCAAUAGAAGCAUCGACAUCCAAAUUUAACCAGCUUGAACACAGGAACCAGGUGAUCGAACAAGGAAAGGAGGUGCCAGCGUUGGAAAAUCCAUUAAAUAUCAAAGAAGAAAACGAUAAAUGAAAACUAAUUUCAUACAUUCACUUCAAAAGAAAAUCAUCAUAGGACGUCACUGGAUCAAGCACAUCCCUGAAAUCUUUACAUAUCAGUUACCUUGGAAAUAAGAGUUUGCCCGUAUAUAUUUUUAAACACUAACCCUUGGGAAUUUUACAAACACAGGUUGUAACCUAUUUCGAAUAAAGCUUAAGUAUUGGGAUUUUCGCAUCAGGAACGUUUCAAAUGAUACCACUGCAACCGUUAACAUAAAAACAAACGGAUAUGUAAUUUGUGAAGAUUAAAGUAAUUCCUUCUUGAAACCCGAUACCUGAAAUAUUUGCCCGUAACAAUAAAGUUCAAUGAAUCUUACGAGGCUAUUGGUUGAGGAGCUUGAUAUUUGAAAAACAUUUAGAUUCUUGUAUUUUCACGCAGACAUAAAAGAUAUUGUCAGGCAAAACUACGACUUAUUAAUUUACUGAUGAAAAAAGUAAAAACCGAAUAAAAUUCCAUGUUGUUUUACUUAAAGACGAUGUUUGGUUUUUAAGGUCAUGGCUUACUUAAUUAGUAGAUUUAGUUUGAUUUGUUUUCCUUAAAUGUUGUCAUUUAUACCUGUUAUCAAUUAAUAUUAACUAAUUAAAUAUACGCUUUUUCUUAUACAGAUUAGAAUGUAUUGCUUCAUCAGUUAGGUACCCUCUCUGUUAUUGGAAAAGAUCACUGUCUAUGGCGGACACUAUUAUUGACUCUUCUUCCUGAGAAAACCAUAAGAGACCAAAUAAAUAGUACUUUCUUUUCACAAAUAUAUCACUGUAUACUUUCACAGAAUAUCUUAAGCUUUACAGUAACCUUUCACACGAGAAGGCUCACGUGAUACCAUAAGCAAAUGACCUACAACAAUAGGCAACUAGGGUAAAAGGAGCUUAGCUACUUCCUUGACCAUCAUUUUAUGUUAAACCCAUAGAUGCUUGUGUGCAUGAACAUUUUGAAGGUUUUUUAUGUGUGCUUAAGAGUUAAAUAUAAAAAGGUAGAAAUCACCUAGUACACCUCCACACUACAAUAGUUUAAACUCAAGAAUAUAAUCUAACUGCAAACUGUAUAUAUAGGUUCUUCAGAAAAUAUACAUUGGUUACAGAUAUCACAUGAGAUACCAUUUGGAACAAAAAAUUGUAAUUGAAUGUACAACAAAUAACAGAUCAAAUGUAAUGAUAACUUUAUAAGUGAAAAAAAAGCUCGAUUCUUUAUGCAUAAACUUAUAUACAUAAAAGUUUUUGCAAUUCAGUGCAUCAUAUACCACAAACGGUAUGUUAUAGGAAUGUAAAAAUGCACAGGACUGUUGCCACAGUUUCCAUAUGUUGCCAACAGUUACACUACUAUCACCUAAUCUCUCUGAUCAAUCGCAGCAGCUGUUCAAAAUUGAUCCUCCAUCACUGAGAAUGCACUGUAUCUGUGUUACAAUGAACAUUGUAGCAACAAUGCACUUCUCAUCUUGUAUACUGGACACUUCCAGAACAUCUGCAUUUUUGAGGUUUGAAACUGUAUGAGGAUUCAUACUGUACAGAUAUGACUUCAGGUACCACUACAACCAGAAUAGGUUGGCGUUAUGUUCAAUGAACAAGUUGUCCAUUCACAAUGAAAAUUACGUGAAAUGCUUCUAUUCUGAAAGUAUUCCUGCAAGAUGUGUUUCACCUAGUCACCAAUAUGUGUGUUUGCAUGAAAACGGUAAUGUCUACCACAUUCUGUUGCUGCAGCAUGGGAAUUUCAUUGGUUUUGAAAAUUGCAUGGUAUCAUUCAACUUUGACUUUGUAAGUUUGCAGUCAAUGUGCUGAUGGUUCUUCAAAAAAGUAUGGUCCAGUAACAAAGACAGCUGUGAAUUUACACCAUACUGUCACCUUAGCAUUCUGGAAGAGCAGAUGCGUGUAUUAACACUUCCAGUAAAGGUGAAAUACACUUCAUCAGUUUACAAGCUAUUGGCCAUCGACUUUCAGUUGACCAAGAAUUGUAAAAUCAACGCAACGGGUAAAUUCUUCUUCUCCUUCAGUGCUUGAACAUGACAUCCAGUUUGUAACGAGUCAUUCGUAAAGUUGACCAAAGAGCCUUGUGAACAGAUGAAAUUGGCAAAUCCAGACAAUGAAUGACAUAAAGUGCAUUGCCGCACCUACGUGCACUUGUGUUAGCUUUUUCUGCUAUGACAUAGUUUAUCAAAGUGGUAGUUUUAGUAGGUGUUGAUGGUCUGCCUGUACGUGGCUUAUUACAAGUUCAAUCUUUCUUUUUUCCUUCGGAAUUUGAGUACAGCAGCACUAAAACUAGGCCCCCUGCGGAUGUUAUGCAUAGCUUCCAAUUUGUUUUAAACUAGGGAAUAAACUGUUGUUUUAGGCUAAAAUAAUAGGAAAAUACGCGUUUUCUUCGGGUUUCUGGUCAAACUUGUGAAAUAGGUCGGUACGCCUAAUUUUUAAUGAUGCACUAUUCGCUCCGUGGUCCUCAUUAAUUCUGCAUCAACAAUAUGAUGUAAUUAGUUUCUCGUGCUUGUGUUAUUGCACACACUGCUGACAGGUUCAAGUCUGACAGCAAAAGAGCUUUCUGAAGCUACUUAACUACUGAUAAAGUAAUUAAAAUUUUCAUUAAAGAAAUACCAGUUAAAACAAAGACAUUCACAAUUGCCCGACCUUUCGUCAAUUUCCUCUUUAAAUUCUAAGUUGUACAUAGAUGGUGGCCCUGAGGUAAAUAAGAAUAAGUACUUACUGCUGUGUCUGUUAAUCAAGUCUUUACAAAUGACAGCUAAAAGUUGUCGAAACGCCGAUUACUAAAUAAUGUUUUGUGUUGAAUGUUUUCUUAAUGUUGGACUUCCAGAACCAUACACUGGUGAUAUUUACGCCCUAUCUUGUGAAUAGCUUGGGAUAUAACUGACGAAACAGUACCUCCAGAAACGUCAACUUAAGCGUAUUUUUCAUGAAAUAUGAAUAAGUGGAGAUAUCGAAGUUUGUAUUUUCAUUGGAAUAUAAGUUAAUUAGCUCUAAACUGACUAUUGUGAAACUAAUUUUAUACAGAGUAGCUAGGUAUUGGUGUGAUAUAAUGAUGAGUAUCAUGAUUGAAUUAUUGUUUUGUUUUUCUUACGCCAAAAUCUUCUUUACAUAAAGUAAAGAAGCGAAAUAGUAUGUUGUUGUUUAUGUUUC